AAUUUGUGUAGCAUGAUUUGGCGCUCAGACUUCGGUCACACCAAUGGCAACUCGGCCAUGUUUUAUAGCGCUUUAUUUUUUUUAUUUUUCAAUUUAUUGAACUGUUUUCCAUAUAAUUCGAAAUCUAAUGCACUCUGACCAUGUCGCAAGCACUGGUAAACGAAGAAACAUUAGAAAAUCUCACUUUUCAACGCUCAAAGAAAUGGGCCAGCCACCUAAAUCACCUCGAAAGUAUAGAUGACGGAGAAGAACUGGACGCGGCAGACUUCGAGGAUGUGUUUCGGGACGAGGGCGAAGAUCCGGAGUCCAACGAUUCGGAUGCAGAGGCGCUGGAGGAUAACAACGAUCAGGAGGCCAAUGUGGACAUUGGCAACAUCCAUAAUGUCACGGCCAACAUGAGCGCCGCGGAGUUGACUCUUAUGUUGUGCGCCGGAGAAGACAACGAGGCUAAGGCCGAAAUGGAGGAGAUUCUCAAUCAGACAAUUCCCAUCGUUCAGGAGCACAAACGCAAGUGGAAGGAGGCGGGUCUGGACCGCAUCCUGGAUACCUUUGACGAGAACCAAAUUGAAAAGCAUGUAGGACAGUGGAUGCAGCGCCAUAAUAGCGUCUACAUUAAAGCCUCCGAACAGAGGAAAGAAUCUGUGCCUUCGAAAUACCAUCGGUAUCCCCAUGAGCGGGAGCCGCGAUGGAGUGAUCACGACCAAAGUGACAACGAGUCGUUGCACUCAAUCGAUACGGCGCGUUAUAUACGGCAGAGCCGUCGUUGCAUGACCAACAAGCUGCCCAACCUUACCACCAUAAAGAUGUACAGAAAACAUUCCCACAAGCGGGACGAGCUGAGGGCCAAGUACGCUUAUGAUGACGAACAAGAGCAUCGCCACCACAUGCAAGCCCUGCUGCACCGACGGCGCGAGAAAGAGCGCCACCUGGCUUACCUGACAUCCAGUCCACGACACUGCCGCCUCUCAGUCAGUGUCGGUGGGCACCACUCUCGGCGCAAGCAUCUGAGCAAGCGCCGAGCCGACUCUUCGUUAUUCGACUCCUCUAGUGACGAGGAUGAACACUCCUUUGGGGGCUGUGACUGUCGCAACUGCCGGAGACAAUAUGCUUUAUCAAGGAGCAGCUAUCAGUGCUGCUCCUAUAGAGGACACAGGGAGGAAUACAUGCAUCCUGCUUCACGCUCUUUUCACCACCUGCGUCACUAUCACCGCCCGGAAUUGGACAUACGGCCGCGCGUGCGCGAGAACGAAUGCAGUUGCUGCAACAGCGAUCGGCUGUGUUCCCAAGUUGUGCACAUUUCCAACAGUUCCACGGAGGAGUGGAUUGUGGAGAACAACAGUCCGCUGGAAUUGCCGCCGAUGCAGACGCCAAGAAAGUGUCGCAAGCAAGUGCCUGUUGAAAGAACUACUCCACUAUCGGAUCGAUACCGGAGCCAUCCGCAUCAUUCAUACAAAUCGAAAGUUACUCCAAGUUCUAAAUCAUUAAAAGCAAUCUGUAACGAACGAGACUCAUCGGAUGACGAUUCUUCCGGCGGAAAUGUCGCACGAUCUAAGAAUACGUUAUUCGAGGCGCAUAAAAAAACCCAGAAUUUAGUGACCACUCCAAAAAGUAGCUCGAAAUCAUCCCAAAAGUCUUCUUCAACGUCGAAAAAAACCACAAAGCAAAAACCAACGAAAACGUUGCCCAAAAUAAUUGAAGAAGACGUAAUCUCAUCCGCUACGCCGAGGAAGAGAGACUCCAGUGGGUUGCCGACUCCUAAUAAAGGUCAACCCCUAUUUAAUGAGGACUCUACCGAUUUCGAACACAUGGAAGAAAGAAGUUUUUCCGAGUCCAAGCAUAUUUCCUCGAGAAAAUCCUCAACGCUUUUGGAACCUGGCGACAAAAGUUCAGGCACCAUUUCUCUUCGAAUUCCCGAUGAUGUUUCUCACAUUAAGUCCUUAAAUAAGGAGCCUCUUGAUAAAACCUUGUCGUUCCAAAACGAAACCCAGAACGAAAAUAAAGUCAAGUCACGAGGAAGACAAAAAAAUGGAAAGAAGGAUACCAAUAGGACCGCAGAGCGGAAGAGGUCUUUAUCCAAUGAAGAGUCUUCCGAAGCAUCUUGUGGCGUACCACGAAGGCGAUUGGUUAGUUUUGCUGAAUUUAAUCAAAAACCAAAAACCAAGAAUUCAUCGACGUUGGUAGAGCCCGUGGAGGACAGUCGUGCCCGGAAUGAAAACGAGUUCGAAACAAAAGAAAGACCUCAUGAAGAAAAUAAAGUCAAAACGAAGAUCAAGGAACCUGAAGAGGGUAAAAAACUCAGGAGCAAUUCAAAAUUGUCCAAAAAGACGAAUCCGGCAGAACCAAAAUCCAAAUCGACAGCAAAAGUCAAAAAGAAUUCUAAAACACCGCAAACUGAAGGCCCACGAAACAUAAGCCCGGAUUCUCAAUCUCAGUCUCAGUUGAAUAAAAAGAAGGAGAAAGAUUUGGACCCAACAUCAGAAUCCGACGAGGAUCUGAAGAAAGCCCUCCUUUUGUCGAAGAAAUCAUUCAAGGAGGAUCAGUUAAAGCGAAUUGGCACACAAAAUCAAUCAUCUCAGUCGCCGGUAGACCAGUCACAGGGGUCCUUCAGCAACCAGAGCGUGGCCUGCAACUCAACAGCUUUAGCAAACGACACUGCCUGCAAGCGUGUUCUGCCCAAGAAGCGGGGCCCGAAAAGGACCGCUUCUGUGACCAGUUCGGAGCAGAUUUCGGCCAUUUGUUUGGACAGCUCGGAUGAUACUCUGAGUAACAAGAAACCAACAACCAACGGCGAAGCCGACUGCACGGCUGUGACUUCCACCACGGCCGAAUUGAAGCCCCCGCCAUUCAAGAUUACCAAGCAAGGCAUAUUGCUGCACAGCCCCACGUCGGAGGCCAGUUCCAGUACCUACACUCUGACCGAGCAGGGUCUCGGCCGGAUUAUUGGCGAGCGGUUUGCUCGCAAAUACCUCAAGUAUCACAUUGGCAGCAAGAGCUUCGAUGGCAGCCACUCGGUUUACUACCAGCCCACUCCGAAGAUGAGCGCCAUCCUUAAUGCCCGAAACGAUCCUCAGACCGUGGCCAACAUCGAACUCGAAUCCAGUUCCAGUGACAGCGAUGACGACAUAUUCGAGAACAUUCAGCGAUAUGGAUUGGUUUACAGUGUACUGGAGAAGGACUAGCUGAAGCUAAGCUCUGUGUGAGACACAGCCUUUUAUCCUUAGAACAGUUUAAUAACAAGCAGUUUAAGAAUUAUUUUUGAGUUUUGAUUUAUUUCACGUAAAUUACAUGUCGAUAGUGAUAAUAGAAAAACAUAAUACGUCAUAAUUAUUGUAAUCAUCAUAAAUUUGUAUGCUUAAGUAUAAAAUAAUUGUUUAAGAGAUUUAUUCGCAUUGUAAUUGAAAUUCUGGUGUGUCAAAGUGGUGUUUAAGUUCUCAUUUCCAUAUUAGUUUAUCCAAAAUUUGUAUUGGCUAUUGUUAAAUCGUAUCGUAAUGACAAGAAAACAAAAUAAAAUAACUUCUCAA